AUUAAUUUUGUUUAGCCUGGAUAAUGUAUAGUUAUCAUAAAAACCAGUUUCUUUGUGUGAACACAAAUUGUGGAGUUUAUUUUUAGUAGCACAAUGGGAACUCCAUUCCUUGAGCAAAUCAAGAAGCAGACAUCGUCAUUUCUACAAGAAAAGUACAAAGUUGCCCGCUUGAAAUUUACUGAUGUUACUGAAGCUGAACUGCUGGCUGAGGAGGCAACAAAUAAGGAUCCAUGUAGCCCAGAUGCCAAAACAAUGACAAGAAUUGCUGAAGCGUCCUUUGAGGUGGAUGAUUACUGGAGAAUUGUUGAUGUUCUUCACCAAAGAUUGGGGUGCUUUAACACUGACGACUGGAGGCGAUCUUACAAAGCACUGGUUCUACUUGAAUUCUUGCUAACCCAUGGCCCAGAGGACUUUUCUGUUGAGUUUCAAUGUGAUUCUGAAGUCAUUGAGGAAGUCGGAAGCUUUACCCACAUUGAUGAAAGAGGGUUUAAUUGGGGAGCAAGAAUGCAGAAAAUAUCUGACCAAAUACUGAAGCUGUUGCAAGGUGGACCAACACUACGAGAAGCACGCUUAAAGGCUCUGAAAAUAACGAAUGAAAUCCAAGGCUUUGGAAGUUCAGAGUACUCUCCAUCAGCAUCAAGUAGUUCAUCUUCCUCUGAACCACAUUCUGCCUCUUCUUUCUCUCCAUUCUCUUCUUCAACCACCACUCCGACUUCCUUUGACUCCAUUGCUGACCUCAAUAAGAAUCCAUUUUCUCCCAUCAAAGACUCAUUCACAAGCUAUCCUUAUGGAGGAAUAGGAUCAGACGAAAAUACCUUGGUCUUCAGGAGGAAGAAUAAUGUAAAUCAUCAUAAUGAGGAUGAGAGCCACCUUUGCGAUAGCCCUUCUGGUGAAGAAAGAGACUAUUUGGUGGGCUCUGAUGAGGAGGAUGAUAAUGAUGAGAAACCAAAAGACAAACAAAAGUUAGGUUUUAUCAAUAGUAUCUGCUCCAGGAUUACUGGUAGUAAUAAUGGCGGUUUUAGAUCAGCGAAUGGUGAUCCCAAUAAGAAAGUUGAAUUUAGAUGCCUCACUGAUGACGGACGCAGGGAAAGUAAAAAGAAACUUCAACGGCAACAUUCUCUUUGGUACUGAAAUACCUCAAGGCAACUCAAGUACAAGCCUAUAGGCAGUGUCAUUGGCUAUAUAUAUAUACAUAUACAGCAAGCAAGUUGCAAUAAGUGAACCUUUGUAACGUAAUUGACUCGUGUAAAGACUUGGCCAAAAGAUCAUGAAAAUAUUUAGGAUUAUAUUAUA